GACUCCAGGUUAGCUCCAAGAGAACCAUCCAAACAAUCCAGAUUCUCUAUUUAUGUGUGAAUUAUUCCUGGUUUGAACACACCUUCAUCCUGGCUCCAGCAUCGCAUCUCCUGGACUCUCUGAAGGACUCAAUCAUCUCCUCUGGACUCAUCAGGAGGCCUUUUUAAGAGCUCUGUAGGCUGGAAAAGUUCACCGACACCUGGGGGGUUGGCCUUUUUCAAUCUGUACUCUAAUUAUUGAAGCUAAUUAUUAGAUUCGGACAAACGUGUGAACAUGAAGGACCGACUGGCGCAGCUGAAGGAGAAGAGUGACGCCGGAGGAGGAGAUGAUAUUCAGGUUCCUGUGGAGAACGAAGCGUUCAUGGAUGAUUUCUUCGCACAGAUUGAAGAUAUCCGCAUCAGCAUCGACAAGAUUGACGAGAGCGUCACAGAAAUCAAAAAACUUUACUCCACCAUUUUAUCAGCGCCCACAUCAGACCAGAAAACUCAGGAUGACGUAGAAGCCCUCACCAACGAAAUCAAAAAGUCAGCCAACAAUGCAAGAAAUAAGCUUAAAAGUAUUGAACGACAGCUGGAGUCAAACACAGAUGAGAGGGCCUCAGCUGACCUCCGGAUACGCAAGUCACAGCAUGCGAUUCUGGCCAAGAAGUUCGUGGAGGUGAUGACGAAGUACAACGAGGCUCAAGUCGACUUUCGAGACAAGAGCAAAGGACGAAUCGCCCGACAGCUGGAGAUCACGGGGAAAGCAACGACUGACGAGGAGCUGGAAGAGAUGCUGGAGGGAGGCAACGCUGCCGUCUUCACUGCCGGGAUAAUGGACUCCAAGAUCAACCAGCAGGCCCUGAAUGAGAUCGAGGCUCGUCAUAAAGACAUCAUGAGGCUGGAGAGCAGCAUAAAAGAGCUUCACGACAUGUUUGUGGAUAUCGCCAUGCUGGUUGAGAACCAGGGUGGCAUGAUUGACAGAAUUGAGAGCAACAUGGACCAGUCGGUGGGUUUUGUAGAGAGGGCGGUGGCCGACACCAAGAAGGCAGCAAAGUUCCAGCAGGAGGCCCGCAGGAAACAAAUGAUGAUCUUCUGCUGCUGCGUCAUCCUGGCCCUCGUCCUCGGCUCGUUUGUCUACAGCUUCAUCAAGUAGAAACACCUGAAUGAGGAGCAGAGCUGCUUUCACUUUACUAUCAUUUCAAAGAGUAAACGCUGCAUUCAUUCACCAGUAUUUCAGAACAGGUUACAACAACUUUCUGAACCUAAUCGGGCUUUUCCAGAUUUCAAUUCACUUCCAUUGCAUUUUCUGGAUUACUACAGCUAUUACCAAAGGGAACUGACUUCUGAAGAAUGUCCAGCCUUCUGUUUGGACAUAUCUGAGAAGAAACAUGUCUGAACAGCAUUCAGAUUUAAUUAAUCUGAUUCCUACUGAUUUAAAUCACAUCCAUGGACAGCCAUUCAGUGUGAGGAGGAGGUAGAUAAAACAGCAGUAGAAGAAACGUUUACCCACCUCUAAAGGCAAUUUGGUUCAGCAUGUAAUAAUCCCAUCAAUAAAAUCAACAUUUAAAGAUUCAUAAAUGUUUAUGAUGUAGACCAGGAGAGUCCAACUCAUUCUAGUUCAGGUUCCACAUUCAGCCCAGUUUGAUCUCCAGUGGACUGGACCAGUUUUUACUAUAUGAUCAAAAUGACAAAAGUGAGAUAAAAAAAGACAAAAAAUCAACAAAAACAAGACAAAAUGUUGUGAAAAUGAGACACAAAAUGACAAAAAAAAUUUGACAAGCGAAACGAAACAAAACAAAAAAAGACAAAAAAUUAGACAAGUUGCAAAGUGACAAAAAAUGGAUAACCGAUAAAACAAAAAAACACAAGGCACACAAAACAACGAAUAAAGUGAAACACAAAAUGACAAAAAUAAGACAAAAAUAAGACAAAAACAAGUAAAAAUAUUACAAAAAUGAGACACAAAAUGACAAGAAGUUUGACAAACGACACAAAACAAAACAAAAAGACAAAAAAGAGACAAAAAAAUUUCAUAAAAUGACAAAAAAAUAGACAAACGACAACAACGAGACAAAUAAACCACAAAACGACAAAAACGGCACACAAAACAACGAAUCAAGCAAAACACAGAAUGACCAAAAUAAAACAAAAAACACAAGCGAGACGAAAAGGAAACACAAAACGACAAAAACAUGAGACGAAAGUCAGACAAAUCAGGCAAAAAACAACAAAACAAGACAAAAUAUGACACAAAAAUGAGACACAAAACGACAAAAAAAUUUGACAAACUACACAAAACAAAACAAGAGACAAAAAAAUUCAACCAAAUAUUACAGUGACAAAAAAAUGGACAAAUGACAAAAACAAGACAAAAUACACAAAACGACAAAAACGGCACACAAAACAACGAAUAAAGCAAAACACAAAAUCACAAAAAUAAGACAAAAACUACAAGCGAGACAAAAAGGAAACACAAAAUGACAAAAAUGAGAAACAAAACUACAAAAACAUGAGACGAACGACAAAAGUCAAACAAAAAACAACUAAACAAAAAUGAGACACAAAACGACAAAAGAACAAUGAACAAUCUAGUAUUUUAGGAUCAAAACAACUUGUCAUGGUCUAGAAAUGAUUUUAAAUUUAUAGUUUUACUAAUUUACAAUCUGCAGUUAAUGUCUUCUCUGGAAUUUUUACACUUUGAGGGCCGGAUUGGACCCUCUAGAGCACCGCUUUUGGCCCACGGGCCUCAUGUUGGACACCCCUGAUGUAGUGUAUUGUGCAGCUGUUCUACUGGAUGGUUUGGGAAGGACGUUUUUCAUAUCUGGCUCUGUAUUAUUACUGUUUGUGUGAAAAUGUUCGGCUCUAGCUGCAGAACGUGUCGAUUAGUGCUGGUGUGUUUAUUUUAGAAAUCUGCAGUGAGAAGAUGGAAAGUUUGCAACACUAGAUGAAGGGUAACCAGAACAUUUUUAAUUCUUGGACUAGGAAAGUAGAAUAGCAGAGUGUUUAAUUUACUUUAAUUUGCAUUCUUGUCCACUUUUCCAUAAGAAAAGAUUUGAUAUCUUGACGUAGAAGCACCAUGCAUCUCUUGCUUCCUUACCAGGCUGUCAAAGAAGAUUUUUUAGUAAAUUUUAAAGAGAAUUUACUGCUGUCUCAGAUGAUUAAAAUGCUUAAAAGUGUUAGUAAAGAUUUGUGCAAAAGCUGCAUGACCACCGCCCAUUCUGAUUCACAUCUAUGAAGUCAGUAUCGUAAGUAUUGAGACAGCUGUUGUUACUCUUUUGUAUAUUUGUCUGUGUGUUGUAAUAUGAAACCAUACUACUGUGCCAAUACUUAUGCUAUUGACUGCAUCUACUAACAUGGCUAAUAUCACGUUGUGGAUAAACUCCAGCUCUGAGUCCAUAAUGGGCCUUUACUCAAAUCAUUUUUCCAAUUUAUUAAUGAAAGAUAGUCACUUAAAAAUCCACAUGUAGGAGUUUUGAUGCUAACCUGAUUAAAAAAAUGAUUGAUAACAGACGCUGUUAGACCAAAGCAGAUAUUUUGUAUUUGUUAGAUUAGAAGUAGAAAUAAACAGCACUGCUUUCUUUCUGA